CUGGCAGCUAGUAGGCCCCGCCCAACAUCUGUAGCCAGAUUCGCGUACCCUGCGGUUCGGCCUUCUCUGCUCAAGCCGGCUGGGCUUGGCUGGGCGGAGGAAGCGCGGGCCGGGGCCGGGCGGCCAGGAGGUCUUUCCCCUCUCUCCCCCGCGGCGGAGCAGGGAGGUGGCGGCGAGGUCUUUGGGCCGCAUGGCCGGAGCUCCGGGCGGACGUGCGCCGGGCCCCGCGGCGGGAGAGCCGCUACCUCAGAGACGGGACUCGGGCCAGGGCUUCCCGGAGCAGCAGAGCUUCCUCUCCAGCCUCUUCCCGCGUAACCGGAGUUGCCCGCUCAUGCUCCUGAAGACGCUGGAGACCAGUAGGAGCCGUGACCUGGAGGCUGGGGAUCCAUAUGUCAAACUUCUGCUUGAUGCUAUGAAACACUCAGGUUGUGCUAUUAACAAAGAAAGACACUUUUCUUGUGAAGACUGUGAUGGUAAUGUCAGUGGAGGUUUUGAUUCUUCAACAUCUCAGACCUGUGUGCGAGACAGAGCCGUUCUUUCUAUCUUGGCUGUUCGGAAUAUCAGCACAGAGUUGGCUCAGCAGGCUGUGGAUGAAGUUUUUGAAUCCUGUUUCAAUGACCAUGAGCCUUUUGGCAGGAUUCCUCAUGAUAAGACUUAUGCAAGAUAUGCUCGCAGAGACUUUCAGAACCGUGAUCGGUAUUACUCAAACAUAUGAAAGAAUAACAUAUUACUGAGCAUCAGUGAUCAUGAAGAAACGUGAUUCUUAAGUACAUAAAUGUGUAAAAUGUAAAUGAUCAAUCAGAUGCAGAUAAAAAUGCAUGCUUUUUAUCAAAAGAUGCUGAUUUUAGCAUAUGACUACAAAAAAGAAAUAUGGCAAAAAUAAAGUCUUUAAACUCAAAGGCAAAAAUUGUAUCUUUAUAGCUAAUUACUUGGUAAAUACGGUAAAUAAAUGCCAGUUUUGUAUUUUCUA